CUUUUGAGACAUCAGUUCUACUGAACCACCCCAAUCAAUAAGAUGAAAACGAGCUAGUUUUCAUUUUCUUCUGUGAGCUUGAAAAAAAUCAGAGUGAAUUUUAUUCGUCAAUCAGUCUUUCGCGACUUUCUCUGUUAUUAUUGUGCAAUUUGGUGUGGUAUCGGUGGACAAGAGGAUCAAAGUUGAUUAUAAAAAAACUGGCAAAAUUCUAUAUUUAGUGUUGAUUUGUGUGAAGUGCUAAGAAUCUCGCCAAAAUGCCGCAAGUCAUCGAAGCUUAUUCCGCAUUCCAAACUCCUUUGGGAUGCGCACCGAAGCUGCGAACGGUUCUGAGUCCACAAAAUGCCGUUCGUGGUGUGGUGGUUGUCAACGGGGAUGUCACUCUCCUGUCGGCCAAAGUGCGCACCUUCCUGGAGGAAUCGGUAGCCAUGUGCCGUCCCGAUCGGAUUCAUAUCGUCGACGGAAGCGAAACGGAGAGCGCUGCUCUGAUCAAUACCCUUCAUGCGCAGGGUACGAUUCAACCGUUGCCAAAAUACGACAACUGCUGGUUGGCUCGUACUAACCCUGCUGACGUGGCACGAGUAGAAUCGAAGACCUUCAUCUGUACCCAACAGCGGGAGAAGGCCAUUCCAACGCCCAAAGAAGGCGUGAAGGGAACGCUCGGAAACUGGAUUUCGCCAGAAGAUUAUGAUGCUGCUAUUCGAACACGGUUUCCAGGAUGCAUGAAGGGACGCACCAUGUACGUUGUUCCCUUUUCAAUGGGACCUAUCGCUUCUCCACUAGCCAAGAUUGGAAUUGAAAUUACCGAUUCGGCCUAUGUCGUCUGUUCGAUGCGCAUCAUGACUCGCAUGGGACAAGAAGUGCUGGACAAACUUGCGGAUAAUUCGGACUUUAUCAAAUGCCUGCACUCGGUUGGAACUCCAGCCAACGGCAAGAUCACCAUGUCCUCUUGGCCUUGCGAUCCGGAACGCACCAUCAUUUUGCACAAACCAGCCAAUAACGAGAUCGUUUCGUACGGUUCCGGAUACGGUGGCAACUCGCUGCUAGGAAAGAAGUGCUUUGCCCUUCGUAUCGGCAGCACCAUUGCUCAACGUGAAGGAUGGCUCGCGGAACACAUGUUGAUUCUUGGCAUCACCGAUCCCAACGGUGUCAAAAAGUACAUUGUUGCAGCUUUCCCAUCUGCCUGCGGUAAAACUAAUCUGGCCAUGAUGAACCCAACGCUUCCCGGUUACAAAAUGGAAUGCGUUGGUGACGACAUUGCCUGGAUGAAGUUCGACUCCAAGGGUCAAUUGCGUGCCAUCAAUCCCGAAAAUGGAUUCUUCGGUGUUGCUCCCGGAACCUCGACCGAAACUAACCCGAAUGCCAUGAAAACUGUUUACAAAAACACAAUCUUCACUAACGUCGCUGCCACUUCCGACGGGGGAGUGUUCUGGGAAGGAAUGGAGAAGGAAAUCGACCCUGAGGUCGAAAUCACCGACUGGCUGGGUAAUCCAUGGAAAAUGGGAGAAUCCAAAACUCCUGCUGCACAUCCUAAUUCCCGAUUCUGUGCUCCCGCUGGCCAGUGCCCGAUAAUCGAUCCAGCGUGGGAAGACAACGAAGGUGUUCCAAUCUCUGCCAUUCUCUUCGGAGGACGUCGCCCCGAAGGAGUUCCACUAGUCUAUGAGGCUAACUCCUGGGCUCACGGAGUGUUUGUAGGAUCGGCUAUGCGCAGUGAGACAACUGCCGCUGCUGAGUACAAAGGCAAAAUGAUCAUGAAUGAUCCAUUUGCCAUGCGCCCAUUCUUCGGGUACAAUUUCGGAGACUACCUUAAACACUGGCUUAGUAUGGAACAGCGUUGCACUGAAGCCGGUGGACACAUGCCCAAGAUUUUCCACGUUAACUGGUUCCGCAAGGAUGCCAACGGAAAAUUCCUGUGGCCAGGAUUCGGCGAGAACUGUCGGGUUAUUGACUGGAUUCUGCAGCGAGUGGACGACCAUGACUGCUUCCAGGACACACCCGUCGGACGCAUCCCGUCGCCGGGAGCAUUGAACCUGGACGGACUGGCCGGCCCAGUGAACGAGAAGGAACUGUUUUCGAUACCGAAGCAGUUCUGGCUGAAGGAGGUCGAUGAUAUUAAGCAAUACUAUGACAACCAGCUGCCGCAAGAUUUGCCGCAGGAAAUUACCAAAGAACUGCAGGAGCUCAAGGGUCGCCUGGAGCGACUCUAAGCAGUAGCUUUAAACUCGUGAUAAGCAUCCACGUAUUUUACACUUAAUUAGCCAUAACUUAUACAGUAGGACAUGAGAUUUGGAGUUUUGAUUUAGUUCUUUUGUAAAGAACAGCAUUUAAUAAACUAUUUAAAAUAUUUUAAAAUUGAAUGUUUGGUACAUAUUUCUACGAACAGCACUGGUUAGAUCAAUACAAAUUUGCGUGUCAAAUGAGCAGGAGAGCUACCAAAUGCAUGUGGGCCUUAGAACUUUCUCCAGGGAUUUGUAGGUUAAUUCAGAUCAUUUGCUGUGGACACAUUAUGCUUCUAAGCACUAAAAGAAGCAUGUGACAUAUUUGAAACAGGUCGAUGCAUCUUUGGUUACGUAUUUGGAACUUAAGGUUUUACUCCAGAAUUGAAACAGGCCGAUAGAUCUUUGGUUACGUGUGUAUCCCUUUAUCCAGGGAUACGCCGUGAACACAUUCUCGGUGAACUCUCCCUUACUUGAUUUCCAAUGGACCUUCAUCAACGGAUUUCUUGGGCGAUACAGAACAUAUAAAGUAAACGGGACAUUUUAAUGUGAUUUGCCCAAAAGGGUCAUACGACAGUGAAUAUUGUGUACCGAAACCGAACAAUAGGAAAUGUGUAGAAAGUGAAGUGAUUAAUGAUGAUUGGAAAUUGAGAAAUAAGAAGUUAGAAGUCUGUCUCACUCGUCAAAUGAGAGUAGAGAGAAAAUGUCUCAUUCCUCAUUUCUCUGUUCUCAUUGUAAAAAGUGAAAUGUCUCUCAAAUGUGCGCAGUGAGAAGUGAUAAAUGAGAAGUGAGAGCAGGAGUGGGAAGUGAGGCGUCUUACUUCGCAUUUCUCAUUUCAGAUAUUUCACCUCUGAGAGAAGUGACUUAUAAUUUUUCACUUCUUAUUACUCACUUGCUACUUCUCUCUUCUUACUCCUCAUUUUUUUCUUGCUCACUUCUCACUUCGCAUGUCUAGCUUUUCUUUAUGAGAAGUGAGAAGUGAAUCGUUUUAAGUGAGAAAUGAGAAAUGAGACAUACCAUUUUUCAAUUCUUACUUCUCACUCCGCAUUUAUUUCUUUUCACAGAGUGAAGUGAGCAUUCAGAAAUGAGGAGUUCUCAUUUCUUACUUAUCAUUUCUUGAUUGUUAUUAAUCAAUUCACACUUUUCCCAUUCACUACUGUUCGGCUAACUACAUUUUCGAAUGAAUAACUCGUUUAGCAAACGACAUUUACCGUCGGCAAGUGACAUUUUCGACCAUAAGCCAAAUUCCAUAUCGGCCAAGUUGCAUUUUCGGUCAAACGAUCUGUUCGGUUAAACGACUUUCAGUCCCAUUUGGCCAAAUGACAUUUUCGACAAAAUAACCUUUGCGGCUAUAUGACCCGUUCGGCCUAACGUCAUUUGCGGCCGUAUCACUUGUUCAGCCAUGAAGCUUGUUCAGCUGUAUGGCAGUUGGUUCCAAAUCUGCCAAAUGGAGUGGAUGAAUUUUGGCAUAAAGUGGUUUUCGGCCAAGUGGCAUUUGACCAAAUGGCUUUCGACAGAAAAAGUUCCUGCAAAAACAUUCUGCAUUCUAUGUGCGACAAGGGACACGUACCACAUUUGAAACAGUUCUAUAAAUCUUUGGUCAUAGGCCUUCAUAAGAGUAGCAUCAUAUUUGAACAAAGUUGUUAGAUAUUUAAUUACACUUGUAGACUUGGAUGUUCGCCAGGUGUUGCGGGGAGCUUAGAACUCUUUUCGAGUUUUACAGCAAGUUGCAACUUUCGUUUUUUGAAGUUAAUGCAGAUUUUAGCUCUUAAUUUCAUGGGACGCACAUUAGUUUCAAGUUUUAAUUUCUAGUGAGAACAGUUAUAAAUAUCGGGUUUCGACCCUAACUAAAUUCAAUUAGGCCAAAGUGCUCGUCUGUCGCGAUAAUACUAUAGCCUGUUAUUUAUUGUUAUAAGUUAGAUAUAGUUCACAUAAGAACAAACCCUACCUGUGAUAAGCCGAUUCUGUUACUUUGAUUAUAAUAAUUGUGAUGUACUAGCUUAAGCUAAUUCCAACCUUUUAGGUCGAAAUAAAUAAGUUUAAACAGCA